AUGGCCACGGUGGUCACCGAAAAGCUCAGCCGCCUCCUCAAUGUGUGGCAGAUCCCUCAGCUGCUGGGCCCCCUCUCUCCCUCCACCGUCAGCAGCUCGGAGGUGCCAAAGGUCUUCUGGAAGCCCUACAUCCACACCGGCUACCGCCCCGUGCAGCAGACCUGGCGUUACUACUUCUCCACCCUCUUCCAGCAGCACAACGAGGCUGUCAACGUCUGGACCCAUCUGGUGCCAGCACUGAUCCUGCUGCUGCGUUUCCAGCAGCUCUCGCAGAGGGUGGAUUUCGGGCAGGACCUGCACGCCCAACCCCUCCUCAUCAUCAUCGUGGCGUCCAUCACCUACCUGACGUUCAGCACCCUCGCUCACCUCCUGCAGGCCAAAUCUGAGUUCUGGCACUACAGCUUCUUCUUCAUGGACUACGUGGGGGUUGCCGUUUACCAGUACGGCAGCGCGCUGGGGCACUACUACUACGCCAUCGAGCCCAGCUGGCACGAGAAGAUCAAGGGGUUUUACAUGCCGGCGGCCGUCCUGUUGGCGUGGCUGUCCUGUGCUGGAUCCUGCUACGCCAAGUACCAGUACCACCAGUCUGCUGGGCCCCUGGGCCGGCUCUGCCAGGAGCUGCCCUCGGGCCUGGCGUACGUGCUGGACAUCAGCCCCGUGGUCCAUCGCAUCUCCACGGCGCCGCCCUCCGCGCGCGCUGACCCGGCCCUGCUCUAUCACAAGUGCCAGGUGCUCUUCUUCCUCGUAGGUGCCUUUUUUUUCUCGCACCCUUACCCCGAGAAGUGGCUCCCUGGGAAAUGUCACUUCCUUGGGCAGAGCCAUCAGAUUUUUCACGUGUGCCUGGUGCUCUGCACGCUGGCGCAGAUCGAGGCGGUGGUGCUGGACUACGAGUCCAGGCGACAGAUCUAUUCCACUCUUCAGGGUGAUUUGGCACACAACUUCUCUGCCCUGUGCCUCUUCACCGUGACCUGCUCUGUCCUCACAGCUGCUUACAUGUCCCGGAAGGUGAAGAACAAGCUGAGGUUCAAAGAAGAGUAA